AUGGAGCCUACUUUUCCCCUGCUUCGACUACCCGAGAACAUCGUCUUAGAUGUGAUCAAGAAUAUGGCUAUAGAUCCAUUGUUCGAAUUCUCCCUAAUCUCAAGGAAAACUAAGAAUAUCGCGGCAUCAUUAGGAAUAACAGCUCAAGCAUUUAUUACCAUUUGUCAUUUUAUUGACGUAUCUGUAUACUAUGGACGCAGUUCUAGGCUUUUCACGUUCUAUAACGAUCCGGUUGAUGAAGAUGCAUUGAUUCAUUUGGACUCAAAUCAACCUAUUUCUGCUUAUUCUCUCAAUGAAAACAAAACAGUUCGAUCAUCGACUCCAUUCAGUUUCAACAACUGGUUAGAUCACAUUAUGACUGUCUUCUGUUAUAAUAAACCAUCAAAUGUGGUUUUCGGGCUCGGAAAUGAGCGAUUUGAGAUGGAAUCGGUGAAAAAUGCAAUAACAAGUGCCAAUUAUCUUUCUGUAAAUGGGGACAAUGUUGAAUUUCGGAACAGGGAAAUUUUGGAGCAUUUCAAAAAUGCCAACGAAUUAAAUCUAGGAAGGAAUCCAUUUGAAGAAGCUUGUGAAGUUCAAAAAAUCUUUAUUCGAAACUUCGAAAGUAUCACAUUUCAUGAUGAUGUCUCACUUGAUGACAUGUUAUUGGCCAACAGUAAGAGAGUCGAACUCUACCGUUCAAUAUCUCAAAAACAAUUCAAUCAAUUUCUCAAGCAUUGGAUUUGUGGAUCUAAUCCAAGAUUAGAACGUAUGUCUCUACAAAUCGAUAAAAAUGAUUCCUUGAACGGAGAACUGUAUUUGAAAGGAAUCAACUGCAUGGAAACGAGUGAAAAUGCCAAAAGAGAAAUCCGUCGGGAGCACCACCUGCCAAGUCAUGCUGAUAUUAUUCAAAUCAGACGGAAGGAUGUAACUGUAUACGGUAGAUACUUCAGUAUGGAUCGCAAUUUUUAUAACAAUUCGGUUGAUGCAUUGAUUCAUUUGGACUCAAAUCAACCUAUUACUGCUUAUUUACCCUAUGAAAGGAGAACAGUUCGAUCAUCCACUCCAUUAUUCAGUUUCAACAACUGGUUGGAUCACAUUAAGACUGUAUUCUGUUAUAAUAAACCACCAAAUGUGGUUAUCUGGGACGGAAAUGAGCGAUUUGAGAUGGAAUCGGUGAAAAAUGUGAUCAAAAGUGCCAAUCGCCUUGCUUUAGCUGGAGGCAAUACUGAAUUUCGGAGCAGGGAAAUUUUGGAACAUUUCAAAAAUGCCAACGAACGAAAUCUAGGAAGGAAUAUAUUUGGAGAAGCUUGUGAAUUUCAAAAAUAUUUCAUUCGAAACUUCAACAGUAUCGCAUUUCAUGAUGAUGUUUCACUCGAUGAUAUGUUAUUGGUUAACAGUGAGAGAGUGACAUUCAAUCGUCCAAUAUCUCAAAAACAAUUCAAUCAAUUUCUCAAGCAUUGGAUUCGUGGAUCUAAUCCAAGACUACAAUACAUGAAUCUCGAGAUAGCUGAUUUAGUCAACGGAGAAGUGUAUUUGAAAGGAAUCAACUGCAUGAAAAUGAGUGAAGAGUCGAAAAAAGAAAUCCGUGAAAAAUACGGAAUUCCUGAUAUUGAAAUGGUUAAGAUCCGACGAAACGAAGGGACAACUGCUGUGCUUGUGCCUUAUGCAUUUGAGACGUUUAUUUCUGUUCGUUUUUAUGUCUUGUACUAA